CCCCUCUUCUCUUCACACUCACCUCUACAUACACCUAUACAUACAAAUACUUCCUCUCUCCAUCUUUCUCAUUCUCCCUUUCUCUCCAUUACUCCCCUCAUUCUAUCACCACCCCUUUAUUCCCCCUCCCAAAUUACCCCACCCCAUCUCCUCAGAACAUCCCGUCUCUCUCUCUCUCUCUCUCUCUCUCUCUCUCUCUCUCUCUCUCUCUCUCCCGUCUCUCUCUCCCUCUCUCACAAAUGAAGUACCCCAGAGUGAGGCUCCGGAUACUCAUCUUCAUAACCUCAAUUCUCAUCUACCCAUCUCAGUCUGACGACACUUCAGUCCUCCUAGACUUGAGAAAGUCACUAGGCUCACCUGACUCACUGGGUUGGACUGACUCGGACCCUUGCAAAUGGGCCCACAUUCAGUGCUCCAAAGACAGACGGGUCACCCGGAUCCAAAUUGGUAAUCAGAAGCUAAAAGGGUUACUCCCAGCGUCACUAAAAAACCUCACUUCUUUACAAGUGCUCGAGUUACAGAACAAUCAACUCACUGGGUCAUUACCGAGUUUAUCCGGGUUAAGUUCACUUCAAUCUCUUUUGCUUCAUAAUAAUGGGUUUGAUUCUAUGCCCACUGAUUUUUUUGAUGGUAUGACUUCUUUACAGUCUGUGUAUAUUGGUUAUAAUGCUUUUAGAGCUUGGCAAUUACCUGAUAGUUUAAAAAGUGUUGGUACUCUUCAGAAAUUCUCAGCUACUAGUUGUAAUAUUACUGGAAAAAUUCCUGAUUUUUUUGGUAGUGAUACAUUUGCUGGACUGACACUUUUAGACCUUGCGUUUAAUUCGUUGGAAGGUGAAUUGCCUGUGAGUUUCGCGGGCUCUUCGAUACAGACAUUGUGGUUGAAUGGACAGAAUAGUGAGGCUAGGUUGUCUGGUAGUAUUGCUGUUUUGCAAAAUAUGACUGAGUUGACUGAGGUUUGGUUGCAUUCGAAUUUGUUUUCUGGACCUAUUCCGGAUCUUUCGAGGUUAGGACAGUUGCAGAAUUUGAGUUUGAGGGAUAAUAGUUUGACUGGUGUUGUGCCUGUUUCGGUGGUUGAGAUGCCUUCGCUUGUGAUAGUGAAUUUGACGAAUAAUAUGUUGCAAGGGCCUAUGCCGAAGUUUAAGGAUUCGGUGCAGGUGGAUAUGGCCGGGAUUAAUAGUUUUUGUUUGGAUAAGCCGGGUGUUCCGUGUGAUUUUCGUGUGAAUGAGUUGCUUGCUGUUGCGGAAUCUGUUGGUUAUCCGAGCAAGUUUGCAGAGAAUUGGAAAGGAAAUGAUCCGUGCACACCGUGGUUGGGUCUUACGUGUAAUGGUGGGAAUAUUACGGUUAUUAAUUUUCAAAAAAUGGGUCUUGCCGGCACUAUUUCUCCGAACUUCUCAUCUAUUACGUCAUUACAAAGGUUGAUUCUUUCAAAUAAUAAUCUUACUGGUGUUAUCCCGGACGAGCUCACAAGUUUGGUUAAUCUAAAAGAACUGGAUGUUUCAAACAAUCAGCUUCAUGGUAAAGUUCCGUCAUUCAAGAGUAAUGUGAGGGUCAUAGUUACUGGUAAUGUGGAUAUAGGAAAGGAUAGUGGUCCUAGUACAACACCAACAACUCCUGCUGGUAAAAUACCUGGUUCAUCCCCUGGCUCCACUGCAGAGGCUCCUCGAGGUGGUGAGAAUAAAUCUUCAACAGGGGUAGUUGUUGGUUCUGUUGUGGGUGGGGUGUGUGCAUUUGUUGUUGCCGGGUUCCUAGUCAUUUGUCUCUACAGAGCAAAGCGCAAGCGUUCUGGUAUAGAACAACAUCCUGGGACAACUGUAAUUCAUCCACGCCACUCGGGAUCAGACCAAGAUGCGGUGAAGAUCACAGUUACUGGUUCCAGUGUUAAUGGUGGGUCUACCAGCGAAACUUUGAGUCUUGGAAGUAGUGGACGUAGAGAUAUGCAUAUUGUCGAGGCAGGAAACAUGGUAAUUUCGAUCCAAGUGCUGAGGAAUGUGACUAACAACUUCAGCCAAGAUAAUAUUUUGGGAAAAGGUGGUUUUGGAACUGUUUACAGUGGAGAAUUACAUGAUGGAACUAAGAUUGCAGUCAAGAGGAUGGAAUCAGGAGUGAUGAGUGAGAAGGGGUUGGAUGAGUUUAAGUCUGAAAUUGCUGUUCUUACUAAGGUUCGACACAGAAAUUUGGUUGUGCUUCUAGGAUAUUGCCUUGAUGGAAAUGAGAGAUUACUUGUUUAUGAAUAUAUGCCUCAAGGUACUCUCAGUAGGUAUCUGUUUAGCUGGGAGGAGGAAGGUUUGAAACCACUUGAAUGGACAAAGAGGCUAACAAUUGCAUUGGAUGUUGCUAGAGGCGUUGAGUAUCUACAUGGUUUGGCACAACAGAGUUUUAUUCACAGGGAUCUUAAGCCAUCCAACAUUCUCCUUGGAGAUGAUAUGCGAGCUAAAGUUGCAGACUUUGGACUUGUCCGUCUUGCUCCAGAUGGAAAAGCUUCGCUUGUAACCAGAUUGGCAGGGACUUUCGGGUAUCUUGCACCAGAAUAUGCAGUGACGGGCAGAGUAACUACGAAGAUUGAUGUCUUUAGCUUUGGAGUGAUUCUUAUGGAGCUGAUAACUGGACGAAGAGCGCUAGACGAAACCCAACAGGAGGAUAGUGUGCACCUUGUCCCAUGGUUCCGCAGAAUGCACCUCAAUAAGGAGACAUUCCGAAAGGCUAUCGACCCAACUAUCGUUGUUGACGAGGAGGUCCUUGCAAGUAUUAGCACCAUAGCUGAAUUGGCUGGCCAUUGCUGUGCAAGGGAACCCCAUCAAAGGCCUGAUAUGAGUCAUGCAGUUAAUGUUCUUUCAUCUCUGGCUGAGCUCUGGAAGCCAUCAGAACCUGAUCCUGAUGACAUAUACGGCAUUGAUCUUGAUAUUACGCUGCCACAGGCAGUUAAGAAGUGGCAGGCACUUGAGGGAAUGAGUGGGAUGGAUUAUUCUUCCUCUGGUAUUGGCAGUAGUGAUAAUACUCAAACAAGCAUACCCACUAGGCCGUCAGGGUUUGCUGAUUCUUUCACUUCAUCAGAUGGACGUUGAUGAUGAGAAAGUCAUUGAAGGUCUGAAAAGUAGGGUUCCUGUUUAAUGUUUAUUAGAGGUUUGUCAUGUUCAUUCUUUCUGCUUCUUCAUUGCUUGUUGCUUUUGCGAGAUUUAUCUCAGAAAUUCCUAUACAUUUCUCGGGGGUUCUUUAUUGUAUUUCUAAUAGUAUCUGACUCCGUUACCCUCUUUUUCACUGUGGAGUUUGAAAUGCAAGUAGGGAAUCCUUUUUCAUAA